UGAAUCAGAACCAAACAGGAACCAAGUCAUCUUCCAGGAAGCUGCUGAAGCUGAGAACCAAAAUCAGGAAAGAAGAAAACCUUUCUCAAGUGUCAUCUGUGAAAAGCGUUUGACUUUCAAAUCUGUUUUUGAUGCUCAUAUGAGAACUCAUACGGGUGAAAAGCCGUUUACGUGUGUGACCUGUGGAAAAAGUUUUCGUCAAAAAUCUAAUUUAACUCGGCACAUGAUGAUUCACACUGGUGAAAAGCCGUUUUCAUGUGUGACCUGUGGAAAAAGUUUUAGGCAUAAACAGUAUUUAACUCGGCACAUUAUGAUUCACACAGGUGAAAAGCCGUUUUCAUGUGUGACCUGUGGGAAAACUUUUAGGCAUAAACAGUAUUUAUCUCAGCACAUGAUGAUUCACACCAGUGAAAGGCCAUUUUCAUGUGUGACCUGUGGGAAAACUUUUAGUCGAAAAUUUACUUUAACUGAGCACAUGAUGAUUCACACUGGUGAAAAGCCGUUUUCAUGUGUGACCUGUGGAAACAGUUUUAUUCAUAAACCGGCUUUAACUGAGCACAUGAGGAUUCACACUGGUGAAAAGCCGUUUUCAUGUGUGAACUGUGGAAAAAGUUUUAGGCAUAAACGGCAUUUGACUCAGCAUAUGAGGAUUCACACUGGUGAAAAGCUGUUUUCAUGUGCGAAUUGUGGAAAAUGUUUUAGUCAAAAACACGUUUUAACUCGGCACAUGAGGAUUCACACUGGUGAAAAGCUGUUUUCAUGUCUGACCUGUGGAAAAAGUUUUCUUCAAAAACAGCAUUUAUCUCGGCACAUGAUGAUUCACACUGGUGAGAAGCCGUUUUCAUGCGUGACCUGUGGAAGAAGUUUUACUCAAAAACAUGAUUUAACUCAUCAUGUCAUGAUUCAUACUGGUGAAAAGCCGUUUUUAUGUGUGACCUGUGGAAAAAGUUUUACUCUAAAACAUGCUUUAACUAUGCACAUGAAGAUUCACACUGGUGAAAAGCCGUUUUCAUGUGUGACCUGUGGGAAACGUUUUAUUCGAAAACACAAUUUAAGUAAGCACAUGAUGAUUCACACAGGUGAAAAGCCGUUUUCGUGUGUGAACUGUGGAAAAUGUUUUAGUCAGAAACACGAUUUAACUCGGCACAUGAGGUUUCACACUGGUGAAAAGCCGUUUUCAUGUGUGACCUGUGGAAAAAGUUUUAGUGAAAAACAGAAUUUAUCUAUUCACAUGAGGACUCACACUGGUAAAAAGCCUUUUUCAUGUGGAAACUGUGGAAAAGGUUUUUUUUUACAAAGUUAGUUUAAAUCGGCACAUGAUGACUCAGAGGCGACAAGCCGUAGCAGUGUUUUACAUGUGUGUCCUAUGUUGAGCUUCACUAUUAAAUUGAUUUGGUUAAAAACUAGAAUUAAAGACUGGAGAGAUUUCAUGUCUAUAAAGCAUCUUUACAUUAGGAUACGUAGAGAUGUGAAGCAAUUUCCUUGAGAGAUGCUUUGUUUUUUUUCUGGCAUAUUCUGUAGCAACAAUAAUGACAAACUGUAUUGUUGUUAUAUAAACCGUUCAAUAAAAUGACAUGGAUUAUAACAAAA